AUGCUGCCAACAUCAUACCCAACACCACGCUUAAUGAUCGUUGGCGUCGCGACCUUCACUUUGUUCUUCCUAACAUUCACGUCCUAUCUUCACCGUCCUCGGUUCUCCACCAGCAUUCCCAGCCUCACCGGCUACCUCGAACGCUACUACGAUGGCGCCUCGCUACCUUCACAGUCACACCCUGCCGUCACCGGCGCCCGACAAGCAUCGCUAGACCAAGUCCUCAACGCCACGCUUGGCUUCACCUCCAUAUUGGCCAUCAACCUUCCCGACCGGACCGACCACCGCGACCUGCUGGUCCUUUCCGCCGCCCUCUCCGACCUGGCCAUCACCUACCUCCCCGGCGUCAACGGCAGCCAAGUCAAUCCCAAAGCCCUGCCUCCGAAACUCAUGCCCGACAUCUCGCCCGGCCGCAUCGGCAGCUGGCGCGCCCACAUCGACGCCAUCUCGCACAUCGUCGAGCAACGCCUCCCCAGCGCCCUCAUCAUCGAAGACGACGUCGACUGGGACGUCCGUCUCCGCCCUCAAAUGCAAGCCCUGGCCCUCUCCGCCGUCGCCAUCCAAGAGCACUCCCCCUCCUCCUCCUCCUCCUCCUCCUCCUCCUCCUCCAGCAGCAAACUCUCCUACGCCCGCCUCCCCUCCCAACCCGCCCCGGCCCUCACCCCCUACGGCUCCACCUGGGACCUCAUGUGGCUCGGCCACUGCGGCGUAGGCCUCAACGCCCACGCACCCAUGGUGCUGCAGAGCGACGACCCCACCGCCGCGGCCAAGAAACACUACCGCUCCUGGGAGGCCACGGGCCGCACCCCGCUGGCCGACUACCCGGACCACACGCGCGCCGUGUUCCGCCAAACCAGCGGCGUCUGCAGCCUGGCGUACGCGGUCUCGCAGCGCGGGGCCCGGAAACUGCUGCUCGAGCUGGGAUUGCGCAGGCUCGACCAGCCGUUCGACGUCAUGCUCAGUGAGUGGUGCGGUAGCGGCGAGAAUGUGUGCAUUGGUGUCGUGCCGCAGCUGUUCGACCACCACCGCCCGCCCGGGCCGGUGGGGAGGGAGAGCGAUAUUGUGGAGGGGGGCGAAGGGUGGCGCGACGAAGGGUAUACGGCGAAUGUGCGGUGGAGCCUGAAGUUGAAUCUGGAGAGGGUGUUGAGGGGGGAGGGUGUGGUGGACCAGUGGGCGGAUGAGAGGGAGGCGACCGGUUAG